AUGAAGACGCACUUGGCCUUGAAGCACUCUGAAAAUAAAAAUAAUAAUUUGUAUUCUAAAACUUUAUUCUGUGCAGGUCACGAAAGUAGAUUGAACGCGGAUAGAGAAUCAAAGUUUUCCUGCAAGGAUUGCGGCAAGACCUACACUCACAAGCGCUCUCUGUGGCUCCACGGCAAAUACGAGUGCGGCAAACCGCCCCAGUUCCUCUGUCCCUUCUGUCCGUACAAAGCCAAGCUUAAGGGGAAUCUCAAAACCCACGUUUUAAUAAAACAUCCAGCAGCUGCUAAUGCUUGGGACCCUUAACACUUAUUAUAUUACUGAGGAAAUGAAAUAACUAUAGCUAAGUUUUACUGCUAUAUUUUUGUGUUGAAAUUUAUGUAACAAUAAUUAUUAUUACCAAACGUGUAUUCUGGCAGUCCAAUUCGGAAUUUCAGAAAAUAUAUAUUUCGUGUAGACGUGGUAUCUACACCACCUAAGUACCAUAUCCUCUCCAACAUCUACCGGCCCGCCCACCUACCUUUAAAAUAAAAUUCUCUUCGAAUU